AUGGACCUCAACCCAGCACCCAGAGUGGCAAAGCGUCUAUACAAGAACGCCUCGCGAUUCAACCACAGACCCGAACAGCACCACCUCCAUCCCAACACAAUGUCAUCACCGACCAGCUCUCCCAACUUCUGGCAACCCCUCCUCUCCACCAUCGACAACACACCACCCUGGUUCUCCGCCCUCCCCGAACUCCUCGGGACCCUCUACCAACUCUCCAAAGCCAUCGACUGCGGCUACCUGCGCCCACGCCCCGUGAAGAGAAUGGUCCCGGACGUUGUGAUUUCCGCUGCUAUUAUCAAUAGGUAUCCUGUGUACCAGUGGCUUGUUCACGGGAAGACGUUCAGCACGAGUGUGGUUGUGCUUUGGGUGGGGCUUCAUUUGGCUGUGGUGGCGCUGCUUGUCAUGGCGGCGAGGGCGAGGAGGAUUAGUGAGGAGUGUGGGCGGAAGUUGGAGGAGUUGAAGAGGGAGGGCGUGGAGAGGGGAUUUGAAAAGGCGGAGGGGUGUAGGGAGUGUGGGCAUUAG